UGUCAAGUGUGCAGAAGUGUAAACAAACAGAGAGGAAAAGACUGUGUUUUAAAACGUGAAAAUCAUGAAAACCGAGGAGGAAAAUUGCGAUCUGAACGAGAGUUUUGACGAGGCCAUGAGCCCUGUAAACUCUGCCGAAUCAUCAGAUUCCGAUGAAACUCCACAAAAAUCUCGCAUUCGCGCGUCAAAGGAGAUUUUUGACACGAAAUUACUACUCAAGUACAUAAAAGAGUGUCCCUGGAUGUCGACAGUUGACGAGGAUUACUGCAAGAGAUUUCUGGAAUUGUAUCCGGAAAUUGGAGUCAGUUGGCAGAGUGUCUAUGAGAAAGUGGGUCGCAUGAGGCGACAGUACGUGUUGACGAAGAAGUGGCUUCACGAGAAUGUGGCGGACAUUGACGAGAACGAGAUAGAAAGGGAGGUGAAGCUGCGGUGCCCGCACUAUUAUGAAUUGGACGCAGUGCUGGAAGAGAAGGUGUUCGAUGUGAGUAAAGAGGCAGGUGGGGCGAGUGAGAUUGCGGUGGAGGAGAAUGGCGUGAAAGAGGAACAAUUUCCGGCUGGAGUUCCGGACAGGAAGGAUGAUUUGACAGCAAGAAGGCUGCAAUUUGAGAAGCGAAAAUUACAUUUCGAGAGCAUGAAGUUUGAGGAGGAGAAGUCUUUGGAGGCCGAGCGGCUGCAGUUCGAGGGUGAUGUACAGCAGAGGGAGAUGGAAUUGAGGCGCUAUGAGAUUGAGACGAAGCGAAUGCAUGUGGAGAGUGUGGGGGAGGUGCAGAGGUUGCGCUUAGCGAAGGAGGAGCGCAUCAAGAUGCUUCGCAUUGAGAUGGAGGCGAAAAAAGUGUAGAGAGAGAGCGAAAACACAUAUGAUAGAUUAAAGGGGAUGGAUUGCGAAAUAUUUGGCUUUAAAAUGCAGAUUCGCCAGACGUCUGCACAGCAUCCAGACAGAAAGUGAAAGCGGAUGAAAUUUGCCCAUGAGCAGAAUUCCCAUUGAGUGCACAGAAAGUGGGUGAAAACAAGAGCGUGCGAAAGUGAGUCAGUCGUCCUGGCAACGCGUUUGUUUACUCUCCAAUUGAUUCCCUCACAGUGAAAGUACCAGAGCGAAUGGAGAUGUCGGUGAGCAGCCUGAAGCCAUCAGUGGACGACACUUUCUACGAGUACCUCACGCUCAAUCUCUCGAAAGUGCUAAGUGUGUGAUUUAGUGCCAUCACAGCGGAUUAUCCCGCUGACUCGCAUGUUCUUUCCAUUCGAUAGACGCCGUGCCCAGAAUCACCAAUGUCACCUGCGAGAAGCGCUACCCUUGCGAGGCGGG